UAGAUCUCAAGCUUCCUGUUGUAUCUUUGCUCUUUAGCUGUUCACGUAACCAGGUCGUGUUAAAGAACAAAGAAUAAAACAUGGAGGAUGUUGGACUACCUUUGGACUUUGAUCAAGAUUGCCCAAAUGAGUUUGCAUUUUGGGGACAGAUGGACCAAAAUUUUCAUUUUCAGACCCACCUGGAUUCCUUUUUGAUGGACUGCCAGGCAGCAAGCAGUCAGCUCUCACCAUGGUCUACUUUCGGCUGUCAGUCUGUGCUCUCAGACGCUCAGCUGACCUUCACCGACUUGGACGUUCAGUCACCAGGACUCGAUGCCUGUGCUGAGAUUGAAGGAUGUCCUGCAGAUGAAUCUCUGGAAGCAGCUAAGCGCAGGACAAGGAGGCUGGUUCUCCACCAGCCGUACAAGGUGCAGCGACAUGCCGCCAACAUCAGAGAGAGGAAGAGGAUGCUGAGCAUCAACUCUGCCUUUGAAGAGCUCCGCUGCCAUGUUCCGACAUUUCCCUAUGAGAAGCGUCUGUCUAAGAUAGACACUCUGAGGCUGGCCAUAGCCUACAUUGCUUUGCUGAGGGAGAUACUCCUGUCGGGCUCCGACCCUAAAUCCUAUGUUGAUGAAUGUAUGAAGAACGGCUGUAAGAAUCAAAGCAACGCAAUCUGGAACACGAGUGAUCUGACAGCCCGUCUCUCUUGGAUAAAGUGGGAUUAGCUGGGAAGAGCGGGGGCAACCCAAGUCUGUAGACCCGAGCUAAGUGUCAACGAUGGACAGGCAUGGAGGCGUGCCGCUGCCUGCCGACAGACAUCUGCAGACUUCUCACCAGGCCACACACCUCCGUCUUUAUCAACCCUCCUCACUACUUUGUUCUAAGUAGCUUUUAAUAUUCAAAUGUACUGUUAACUGGUAAUUGAGAAUCAUUCUUUUAGAAACAGGUGGACUAAGGAGGGAUGGCACAGCACAGCUUUCCCAAACGGAUGCCAUUUAUCACAGAGAGACACACUGGCAUCAAACUGAAAGGACUCAUACUUCUGCACACUGAGAUGAAGCGUCUUCUAGGCUCAGUUUCAUUAUGCUACAAACCAGUGUGAUAAAAGCAGCCUUUAUCUUGUAAAUAAAAGGUUGGAGUGAUAUGUUGCCGUCUGUCAGGUGCUUUUUUUUGUGUCUGUAAUAUAUUUUUUAAACAAACUGUAUUCUUAAAUUGCCUCCCAUCAAACAUGUAGGCCAGGGGUUUCCAACCCCGGUCCUCAAAAUUUACUGUCCAGAAGAUUAAGAUGCUUCUAAUUUUAACACAGCUGAUUCAAAUGUGUGAAUUCCAACUUCAACAUGUCAUCAAGCUCAGCAGAGGCCUGCUUACAAGCAAUUAAUUUUAUUAAGCUAUCUUACAGCAUAUAAAAUUAAAAAGAAAACCUGCAGGAGAGUAGAUCUUGAGGACUAGGGUUGGACACCUCCCAUAUAGAAAAUGUAUUCAUUA